AUGAGAGCCAAACUCAAGCCUACAUUUUGGAGUCAGGAUUGUCAUUUAUCCCGUAAAUCCGUGAUACUUUGCCACUAUGAUCUCCCAGGAGUGCAGCCUUUGACGCGUCUCAACGCGCCCGGCAACACCAUGGCGCGUAAAGGCCCUGGUACAGACGGCCCUCUACAGACAGCCCUUCUAGAAUCCAUGUCUGCAGCCAUAACAAGAGCUUCUGAAGGACAGAAGAUCUUCAGCCCCAUAGCUGCAUUCCUUGAUAAACACCACAGCCAAACCACCAGCCUUGCUCCUCACCUACUAAGAGCCCUCACCGCCCUAAGUGAUGACCUCGCCUCGGUAGCUCAACAACAUUUCAACGCCUAUAUUAGCAGUAUCUCAAUGAUCUCUAUUCUACCUGCCCUGUCUCCUUCCCCUUCCUCUUCCCCCAUCCUAAAUCCCUUACCCCCUUCAUCCCCUCCCUCACGUCCCCCCUCAGGUCUUAACCAGUCAACUUAUGCAACUAUUACCCAAUAUGCCCCGGUCAAAUCAACCCCCACUACUCACUCUAAAUCCCUAGUUAAAAAGCCUAUGCCUCUGGUGAAACAACCCCUUCCUGACAACCGGCUCUUCGUACGCCUCCCAGCUGACCAUGCAGCUAGAAAAAUAGAAGCCUACGCCAUCUACUCUAGCCUACGGUCUCAACUAAACUCAAACAGUGCAGUGCUAAAAGAAGUUCAAGCCACAAAGACUGGCUUCACACUAUGCCCCUCAUCUCCAGAAGCCCUCCUAGCUCUUGAGGCCUAA